CCCAGUAAAUAUCCACACUCGCAGACUGCCAAAGAAAUCCCACCUCCAAUUGUCUGGUCAAUUCCCCCCUUUGUGAACUACCUUAGCCUCUUCCUAUUCUUGCUAUUAGCUUCUUGCUAUUCUUGCUAUGACUAGAUUUCAGUCGUCUAGCUACCGCAUUGCUCGAAAGCACCAUGGAACCACUGGUAUUGCCCUCUGGCUGCGACCAUGGAGACGCCAUUUCCGCGUCCGUGUUGUAGAAUUCGUGCUCUUCGACUGCCGUGGCCUGAGGACUUUGCGACCCGGUUUGUUGAUAACCCGGGUCCCGCGAUGUGUAUCCUCCGACUUGAUGUCCGGGUGGCUGUUGAGUGUUGGAGUUCAUUUGGUACUGGUGAUGUGCAUCGCAGGUCGCAUAUUACUGCCCAUGGGUAUUGCAAUGAUCAUGUUGCUGAUGCCUACGGCAUUGCUGGUUUCCAGGAUAUACGCCCCGAUCGUAUCCUUGAUACCCGAAGUUGUGUGCUGCGUAAUGGGAAUCGUCUGCAGCCUGAUAAUUCUGGGCUGCAGGGUACAAAGAUUGGGAAUAGUUUCUAGCAACCUUGUCCAAAUUUGUCCACUGGCCAACGUAUUCUCCAGCGCCGAUGUCAGGGGGGGUGCGCCCGGGCCCAACGGUCUGAAUAUCUCCUGGAGGAUUAUUGCUCUGGAAAGCUCCGUAGUUGAAUGCUGCGGGAGGUGGAAUAUUUCCUGCAGGGAGAGUGUACCAUAAAUUACCGAUAGUAACUGUCUCCUUUUGCCUAGAAUUCGCACUUCCUGCGUCCGCCAUCUCUCUGAUCCGCGCAAGAAAAUUG